GAUUAAAAUGUUCUGUUUUUGGAUACUCAAGUUUUUUUUUAGACAGUUGUCCAGAAUCCAGAUGGUUUCAAAACACCCUAUACAACCACUUUAUAACGAAUUACUCGGAAUUAGCAAUAGUAACUAUAAUAUGGUUUCUCUUUUCUUAAAAGAUCGACACCUAGGUUAUUUAAAUUUCGGGGAAACAUUUCAGUUUAGUCGCUCCGGGAUGCAGUGUAGAAUUGGUCAAGGUUUCCUGCUCAUGUUUUGUUUGUUGUUGAGUUAGAGGGACAGUUUCAUUAUGUCUGCCAACGGUGACUUUGAGAUUAAUGUACAAGACAGCAUGUACUACAGAUUCUCAUUGAUGUACAUGCAAUAUUUUCCAAGAAAUCUAAGGAAGGCUAUAGAUUUUGUGUCUUUAUUUGCGGCAGUAUUAGUCUUUUAUGAAUUUGUUAAUUUUCACAAAAGGUUAGCACAUCCAGCUAAUUGUUUAGACCAUGUCAUAGAUAUUUGGCCCAAAGAUGGUAUACUCAGAGUAGAAAUUAUUCAAAGUUAUGAACGCUAUCAUGAACAAAAUGGCAUAAUAAACAAAUUCCGUACAGAAGAAAACUCUUAUGAACGUGAAUACAGACUAGAAAAUGUAUUAUAUAAAAGAAAUAAAAAUUUUUCAUUGUUCAAUGAUUUCACUAAAAUGGUUAACCCUGAGAACAAAGAAGAAGUUGAUAUUGAACCUUCAACAGUAGAGUUAGUUGAAAAUAAAUUUCGAGAGACUAGCACCCCAAAAUCUAACUUUGACUCAAAGUCAUUUACAAAUAACAUAAACGUUGAAGAUGAAAAAGAAAAAAUAACAGUUCCACCACAGUUUCACGUUACCGAGUGUUCAAAUAAUUAUAUUACAGAUGUAUUGGGAGUCAAAAGUUGUUCGUUUCACCAGUCCACAAGUACCACAUUACCUCCUAUUGAGAAAGACAGUAAAGGAAUAUUUUACGAAAAUUACAUUGUCGAGUAUUCAUUGAAUGACGAGAACUUGUUUUUGUCGUCCGAUGCUAGAGAUGGGUUAGGAAUUCCAGUAAUGGUUGUAACUCUAGACCCUACACAGAACAAGUGUUUUGGAAAUUCGUUGAGUCGGUAUUUUUUAGAAAAUUUUAUUGGCUAUGACGAAUUACUAUACGCCUCAUUUAAAGCUGUGGCUCAAUUUGUAGAAAACAGAGGAUUUUUGAGAAAUGUCAUUACCUGGAAACAUUGCACAGUUAUGGGAAAAACGCAGAGGGAUAGAGCAUCAUACAUUCUUUCGUUUUUCAUUAUGAUUGUGAUUACGUCUUUGAUUUCAUUGUACAUGAGGUACUUGAAUUAUCAACUAAUUCUUUCCCUUGAUUAUUUAUUAAACCAUUUUAACGGGGAAAUUGGUCUAUUGAAAUUUUAUGCGUGUUUCAUGGGUUUUAUGGGCCUAGUCUCAUUAAUAUGGUUAUACUUCAAAGAUCUUGAUGCAUUGUUUUACGUCAUGUUGAUCGUCGUAACGGCUGAAAUGUACUACGCAGCAUUCACCCAGUGUCCGACUACGAAAAAGCAUUGGCCAAAAUUUUUCUAUCUGUACCUGUUUGCGUUCUAUGCUUACGACUAUCGGUUCGACGGCCAGUAUAGACCCAUGAGUCUCGCUUGUUCGUGGUCUUUUAUACUGCAUUCUAUGAUAUACUUUUAUCACCAUGUUGAGCUGCCAAACGUGUUGUGGCAAAUCGAACUGCAGGAGAUUAUUAUCCAACGGCGAUUGCAACAGUUGAGGCAACAGGACCGAACAGCCAGCCGGCAUGGAUUUCGUGCUCCCUGAAGACUGAAGUCGGGUAGAGGUGACAGUCUGAUCUAGUCAUGUCCGGCAUUUCAGCCCGCAGAAUGGACUGAAUUGCGGACAGUUAGUGGUUUUUAUAUUAUAUACCCAUAUAAACUAUUAUAGUAUUAAGAAUUUGUAAUUUUUCAAAAUUAUUUUAUACACCUGUAUAUCGAUAAUAAUAAUUAUUAAAAAACUACAUCUGUAACCUAAUGAAAAAAGAUAAUAUCACCUUUAACUGAAUAACUUUAUAAUUAUACUGAGUGAUUCAAUGAAUGUAACACACUCAUUGAUUCAAAAACCAAUUUUCUAAAAAUGUAUGUAUUUUUUUAUCGUAACCGUUUUUAAAUUAUAAAUUUUUUAAAGACAACACAAAUUAAAUUUUUUUAUUCUAAAGCUGAAUAUUUGUUGAGUACUUUGAUGCAAUCAAAUCUUAUAUAAGUAUAUUACUACUGACAGUAGAUUAUGAAUUAUCAGAUAUAUUUUAAGUUGGACGGCGAUACGGAGUUAAACAACUUUUUAGUAUAAUUAACUAUAAAAAUUCAAAUUUUAUAGAUCGAAGUACUUCAAACAAUAUUCUGCUUCGGAAUAUAGAAUUAAAAAUGUAUGUCAUCAAUGAAAAGGAUAAUCAAUUUGAAAAUAACAACGAUAAAAAAAUUGUAAAAAAUAUUGUUUUGUAAUGACUUGAAUGUACUAUUUGAUGUAGACAAAAUACUUUUAAGUGUUUUCUGAAAUAAUGGGUGUCUUAUGUUAAAUGGAUCACCCCUAACAUAUGUAUUUGACAUAUGUAAAUGGCUUUACCUAUGUAAAGACUACAACGUCGGUGCCAUUGCUACUUCCAUUAUAGUCAAUUUCCGCCUAGAUUGCUGGGCCACUAUAAUUUAUACUAAACCUACCAGCCAAUAAAAUACAAUAACUACAAAUAAAGUAACUCUCUUCUAAGGAGCAGCUGCAUGCUGUUAGAAUCAACCAUUUUUAUUUUAUUUUAUCUGCUCUAUGCAAGAGAAGAUUUUUUUUAAUUUUACCGUAUAGUCAAGUACCACCAUAAAGGAGUCCCAUGGUCUGCACCGGGAAAAAUGAAAACAAAUCAAAUUGUAUUUAAUUAUAAAAAGCAUUUAUUUUCUUUAAUAUGAAAGUGCGU